UUUUUUUUUUUUUUUUUUUUUAUUGUUGUUGUUUUUGUCAGUGAGUCGGGCACCUGGGAGGCUUCGACAAUGCGGCGGCGCGCUCGAAAUGGGUCAAGACCCCCCGGUGAUGGAAGAUGACGCCAGUGCCAUAUCUCGUACUUGUAAAAUGCCCUCUUUCAUCGGUCCUCUGGAAGCGGAAGAGAAGGUGAAAUCGCCGCUGGGAAUUAGCAAAGUGGAGGCGUCGCUGCGAAAUUUGGACCGACGUGUGAGCAGAAGGACGUUGUCGCAGGACGAAGGAGAAAAAGGAGCAAUAGUAGAAGAAGAAGAGCAACAAAGAGGAGUCAUCGAGGAAGAACAAGAUGCGGAGGACAACGACAAUAACAACUGCAACGGUGGCGGGCGGGAGAGGAGGGGGGCGGACAUUAUGGAGUUCCUGAGGGCGAGUUUGUUGGCUUCGAAGUUUCCCUCAGACUGCGCGAGUCAGGACGCUCGGAUGCAGGGCGAGAAGCCGGGACACGCCGGAGUUGAAAACGAGCAUCCCUCCGCCGAGAUCACCCCUCCAGUCGCUGGGGGACUUGAUCUAGUUUCUCUUUCCGACAUUAAACAUGAAAGUUGUGGCACGAGUGUCAAAGGUCACGUGAAUUGCGCCGUCUACUGCAUCGCCAACGAGCGCUACCGCGAUACUGUUGGGGCCGAGCUUCGGGACAAUGACCCGACUUCCGGUUCGGGCGAGGGGCUCGUUUUGCACACCGUCGACGAGCUGGUGGACCCGCUGCGCGAGGCAUCCCGCAGCCGGCGCUCGUCGCGGCAGGCGGCUGCGGACGGCGCCGUCGACGCGCAACCCUGCCGGGUGUGCCUGGAGGACAAAACCAUCGCACCUUUGCCGUGCUGCCGGAAGCUGGUUUGCGACGAAUGUUUGACACUUUACGUCAGCUCCCAGGUCCAAGCGGCCAAGGCGCACAUCCGCUGUCCCAUCUCGGAGUGCGGCGGCAUGCUGGAGAGCGCCGCGGUGGUCUCGCACCUGGCCGGCGAGGACGCGCUCCGGUACCGCUACUUCCUGGAGCUGAGUCAGCUGGACGCCAGCACCAAGCCCUGCCCCCGAUGCCGACACUUCACCUCCCUCGGCCGCUCCAGCCCCGGCCGCUCGGAGCACAAGUACAAGAUCCAGUGCAGUAGCUGCCAGUUUGUGUGGUGCUUCAAGUGCCACACGCCCUGGCACCAGGGCAUCAAGUGCCGCGACUACCGCAAGGGCGACAAGCAGCUGAGGAGCUGGGCCUGCGUCAUCGAGCGCGGGCAACGCAACGCGCAGAAGUGCCCAAAGUGCAAGAUCCACAUUCAGCGCACAGAAGGAUGCGAUCACAUGGUGUGCACGCAGUGUAACACCAACUUCUGUUACCGCUGUGGCCAGCGAUACCGUCAACUCAGGUAUUUCGGGGAUCACACGUCCAACCUCAGCGUGUUUGGCUGCAAAUAUCGAUAUCUGCCAGAUAAGCCGCAUCUGCGACGCUUUAUCAGAGGUUCCAUCUGCGGUCUGAAGGUGCUGUUGGCGCCGGUGGUCGUGUUGCUGGUGCUGGUCUUCGGCGCCGUGGCGCUGGUCAUAGGUAACAAGUUGCUAUUGGGGCCACACUGGAAAGUCCAUUCGCUUAAUAUUUUGUUUGAUCGGGUUUCCCUUUUACCACGUGUGCAAAAAGAGGAAGAAGCAGCGCUCUCUGCGCUUUUGACGCCUGCGGCUGCGCAGGCACAGGAAGUGAAACCUCCUCAGGGAGCACGUAAGACGCGGACCGUCGCCGUCCUCAUCCUCGUCCAGUCUCGUCCUUUUUUGCAGACAGUUUUUGCACUUUUACCUGCCGCCCCCGCACGCACGGCCUCGGCGCUCCCGCGCGGGAUUCGCCGUCAAAACGCACGCGUGAGCGAGGGGGGCGGAGCCAGCGUUGUUUACGCCCCCGCGCGCGCGACGGUUGAUUGGCUGCCGCCGGGAGCAGGUUGGCGGCAAGCGGGUCGAACGCAGGACAUCUCAGAAAAGCGGGGACUGUGUCGCAUUUAUGACACACAAAAACCUGGGAAUUUGGAAACAUGUUGUCCCUGCAGCUGCACUGGAAAUAAGAAUUAUGCUGUUCAAGUUAUUAAUACAGCAAAUCAUUGCUGUGUCGCCAUUGCUUGCAGGCCUGUGCGUCGCUUGAAUUAUUAUCCUUUCCACAAACCGAAUCGUCUUGUCGGAGUCUCAACGUGCCACGAAACCUAACAAAUUUUGCCAAGGGUGUGAUUGCGUAUAUUUCGGAAAAAAUGUAUCUCCAGUGCUGCCUUGAGUUUUUCAAGAUGCGAGGUGUCGUUGGGCAAAUGGCGAACAAUUCUUCAAAAAUGAGGCUUGAAGCGGAAGGUUACUGUCAAAAUAAACAUCAAGCAAAAAGAAUUGUACACGUUGGGUAUUUAAAACAACCAAACAACUUCUGCUAACCAGUCGGUUUAGCUUAAUGCUAACCAACAAUGAGAAAUGCCAAAGACGGGCUGACGAAUGGCGCUAGCGUUGCGUGUUACAACCCUUUAAGCAAACACAAACGCUGGACCAACACAUGUAGACAAAUAGUACUGUAUAACAAUACAGUUGAUUAUAUUCUCUAAAAACGACUACUAUAGCAGCUUACUGAGGACCAAGCACCUACAUGUAUCUUCAUAUGUCUGUAUUAUACUGCCCCCAGGUGGCUGGGGGGUGCAAGCCAGAAGGAGCAGCACAAUGUGCAUUGAAUUGAAGCAAAGAAUGUGGCAAAAACGGUUUUAUUCUUUACAUGAUAUGUAAUUAUGUCAUCGCUGUAUGGUUCUAUAAUGUAAAAUACUAGAGAGGAACGGAAUGAGUUCAACUCUGAGCUCAAGGCACCGCUGUAUUUUAGGGCUCCUGAACGCAAAACCCCGAAAACGCACUCAGUGGCGUCCCUGGAAUCUUAAAAAAAGCCCAAUAAUAAAUCAGUUCCCAGCACUAGCGUCAUUGAUCAACACAAAAUUGGGCGGACAUGUUGAGCAGAGCAAAACACACCAAAAAUUCUCAGUCGGCCAUUUUGUUUUGACGGAACCGUUUAGGGCAAAUUCCAGGCGGACUUCAACUUGGAGGUCAGCUGGCCUCCCUCCUGCGCGCCCGCACGCCGGCAUGCGCGUUGUCGGCUGCUUGGAUUGUGCCAAAACGAGCUCCGCCCCGUGCCGGAAGCGGAAAUUAGCGGCAGUUUUGUUCGGCGAAUUCCGAAGAUUCCGGAUUGUCACUCGUGACCUUGUGCCACAUUUCUCACCCUUCUGCCAAAACAUCGCCGCGUUCAUCCUCGUCCGGCCGCAUUGCUGCCAAAGCACCGCUCGCGUGUCCGCUGCCAACCCACCAAGUUAUAUUUCGAAAUACGGGAGUGCUCGGUGAGAAGUUACGUCGUCAGGAACGACGCGCACAAAACGCACUUCAUCGUCCGCUUUGCGCUCGGUGCAAAUGAAGGAAUAAUAAAGAUCGAGGAAACUAAAUUGGCCUUCAAGCUUUACGCGAAACAAGUUGGAAUGUUACGGGAAAAUACAUUGUGUUAUGAAAAACAAAAAUGGUGAUGUUCUGAGAAAAAGUUGCAAUGCCAGAGAAAAAAUGCAAAUGAGGAAAGAAUCAAAGGGCGGGGGGGGGGGAGUUUCGUUACCAGACAAAAAUGUUCAUAUUACGGGAAAUAUAGCAUAAUCUUACUUGAAAAGCAUCGUAAUAUUGUCAGAAAAAAGAAAAGGUCACGAGAAAAACAAUUCCAAUGCGAUACAAGAACUAAUAUUACAAGAAAAAAAGUUGUAAUGAUAGUUGAAAAAUAGUUCGUUCUUUCCAUUUAUACUCCUAACAUUCCAACAAAAAACAAAACGUGUACUUUGACCGUACAUCAGGUUUUACUGCUUGUAAUUCCAAUUUUGUUGUCAUGGUAUUCAAAUUGUGUCUCCUACGAACAAGGCCAAAUGUCAUGUGAGUGUUUUUGGCCAAUCACGUUGGACUUGCCGGGGACGUUCGCUUCCCACUGGCUGUGUUUGUUUGGUUCUCUCUUUGUUGUUGUUGUCGUCGUCGUCUUUCAAAUGUGUCUUGUAUCCACCGAUGCAAAGAAGCCGCCGCGAUCCAAUCGAAAGUUGCGUUCGUCGGUGGUCCGGGGCCGCAAUCCGUAAUGGCGUCGGCGCUAUUAUAUUAUUCAUGUUCUACUACAACAAAUAUCUUCAACUCCGUAUUUGCUUCAUAAUUGUGGAUUGUGUUGGAAAUGUGGAUGAAGACGAAGAAUAAAGUCACCCCGGUGGUCACAGGGUUCCUGCGCAAGUGUGCGACGUAUGGAAUUUCAUUUCAUAAAUUUCAAAGUAGGAUUUCAAUAUGGGGUGAGGGUUUCAAAACGGGGUUACAGUUUCAAAGUAGGGUUUUAAAACGCGGUUAGGGUUUCAAAGUACGGUUUAAAACGGGAUUAGGGUUUCAAAGUAGGGUUUCAAAACAGGGUUCAAGUUUCAAAGGAGUGUUUCAAAAUGGGGUUAGGGUUUCAAAAUGGGGUUAGGGUUUCAAAUUGUAAUAAUAAAAAUGUAUUUUAUACUCAUACUUCUGGUUGUAAUUGUUGUUGCUUUUUUUCUUGUAUUUGAGCGAGCUCGAUUCAUCCGGAAAUGAUUUUGCGCCGUCUGGAAAUAGCAAGAAGCAGAAUGAUACUCUUGUAUUUACUCGAAUGUCACAAAUGUUUGGACUUGUUUAGCCGGAAGUCGGGUCGAGGUCUGAAAUUUUGAAAUGUGAAUCCUGCACGCAAGCGGAAAUGGUGUCGGCGCUGCAUCCCAAAUUUGUUUUCCUGGCUUGCACUUUUGCACCCUCGACACGAGCUGCACGCCGGCUUCCUUUCAACUCGACGGACGACGAUGGAUGAUUUGAUUCAUGUUGCACGACAACAAAGGUCUUCAAAUCCAUAUUUGCUUCAUAUUUAUGGGUUUUGUUCAAAAUGUGGCUGAAGAAGAAGAAGAAAGUCCCCGCGGUGGUGCACUUGCGUCACAGCUUUUCCACAGGAAAUGGCCCAUAAACGUUACAUUGGUCUGCGGGACCAAGACCGGUUCCAACAAGAACCGACUUGAGUGUCAAACAUUCAUUCAAAACGAUCCUUCAUGUAUUCAUUGUGUGACAAUAAAACAUCUACAAAAAGCAGUCACACUCCACCUGAAAUGAAUACGAGCGCAAUGGAAAUCCCCUUCAUGAUGUUGGCCGUCAUAUUUAUUUGAUAAAUAUCCAAAUAUUAACAGCCACGCAAGGCAAAACUCAAUACAGUUGAUGUUAAAUAUGACCUUUAAAUAUGAAUAGCAGUAAGUUAGUGGAGAACAACACGCAAUCGUCUCUCGGGCCGAUUCCUGUGCUUUGGUCCAAACAUUUUACACGUCCGCAAUGGAAAGCACGACAUCGUCGAAAUACAGCGGCGCCCCGAACUGGAUUUGACAAUUCGCAGUCAGACGCCACACUGCUGCCUCGACACACAAGUCGGUUACAAUUGGUUCCGUCACCACAUCCUCAAAUCAUCUUCAACCAUCGAAAUGAAUGGAAAUGCCAUUAAUCUGUUACACCCUAAAUGUUUUUAAUAUGGAAAAUAGCACUCGCUCAGAUUGUACUUUAUGAAAACAUACAGUAAUGACAUAAGGAAAUAGAAUGUAGAGAAAUUCAACAGUUUUUGCUUCAAUUCAAUGGACAUUGUGCCGCUCCUUCUGCUGUCUUUGUUUGAACUCAGUAUGACCUGACAGUAAUAAAACAAAAAAAUAACAAACAAAAAGGAAUUGGACAAACCCUGAGAAAAAAACAAGCGUGAACAUAGACGCCGCCUUUCAGAGGUGGAGGGGUCAUAGGCUGCUGAUCUCUAUGAAUUCUUCAUAUUUCUAUUCAUUUCCUCAAAAAUGCUGACGCGUGUCACAAAUGGUGAAAAUCUGCUGGUAAGUGCUUGCAAUUGCCUAUAACAGCCACAGGGUGGUGGCAAAGUACUACCUUUCGAUUGGACAGGGCUUUGGCUCACGUGACAGUAACUUCAAUCUCGGCGGCACCAAAGCACUCCUUUUAAAUUAGGACGGGCUUCGGCCUGAGCACAAAAUCUGCAAAUUUGUUCCAAAAUGAUCCACGUAAAAGUGGAUUUGCAUGCAUGUGAGGAACAUCAUCUGCACGAUGCAGUUACAUUUUGGUUUAUUGUUGCUUUUUCUCUGUACUUAUGGGUUUUCUUUUGGAUUGUUGUUGGUUUCUUGCAGCUGUGACCAUCAGCCCCUAACAAUAAAACAGUAUACACACACUUGGUUACAUUUUGACCCAUGAAA